AUGAAGCUACUUCUGGUUCUUGUUGGUAUUUUUGCCCUUGCUAACACAAGGUCCUUCCAGCCAGAAAUACCAGAGUACAAUACUGCUUAUGGGUACAUAAAGAACUACGGCAUUCCUUUAGCAGAAAGAAUAAGGAAAGCCGAAGAAGAAUACCAGAAUGGCCAUAUAAGGAUUGUUGGUGGUUCAGCAGCCAGUCUGGGACAAUUCCCGUGGCAGGCUGGCCUCAUCUCGGAUGUUGUGGGUUUAUCUGGUAACGGUGUGUGUGGCGGUUCCUUAAUCUCCGCGUCGAGAGUGCUUACUGCGGCUCACUGCUGGUUUGAUGGACGUAACCAAGCGUGGAGGUUUACAGUCGUCCUUGGGUCAAUAACGCUUUUCAGCGGUGGUACCCGCCUACAAUCUACGCAAGUUGUCAUGCACAACAAUUGGAAUCCAUCUACGAUCCGUAAUGAUGUUGCCGUCAUCUACUUACCUGAAAAUGCUCCUUUAUCAAAUACAAUUGCAGUAAUCGCUCUGCCAUCCGGUUCGGAAGUAAAUGAGAACUUCGCGGGUUCAACUGCUACUGCCUCUGGUUUCGGUCUUACUACAGAUGGUGGCCAAAUAUCGUCCAACCAGUUCCUAAGUUACGUGAACUUGAAUGUGAUCACGAACACCGUAUGCCUGUUUUCGUACCCAUUUAUUCUUCAAUCCUCCAACAUUUGCACUUCUGGAUCAGGUGGCGUCGGAACUUGCCAGGGUGACUCCGGUGGUCCUCUAACUGUCAUCAGAAACAACAGGCCAAUCUUGAUUGGUAUCACUUCCUUCGGUUCUGCUCGGGGUUGCGAGAGAAAUCAACCAGCUGCCUACGCUAGGGUUACUUCCUUCCUAAGCUUCAUCCAAGAAAACUUGUAA